AAAAAAAACCGCACCCCUUAACCCUAGCCACGAACCACGAACUUUUGGAACAAAGGAACAAAAGGAAAUUGAUUUUCUUUUUUAAAAUUUAAUUUUCAAGCGUUUAGAACUUGAAUCAGAAGUAUCUUUAGCGGUGCUUUUAGCUGUUGAAAUAGAUUAAAAAUCGAAAAAAAAAAUUCUUUUGAUCUUUAGAAAUUUAGGGUUUGGGAUUCGUUUAUGUUUUAUUGUUUUUUGCCCCAAAAUUUCAUAGCUACGAAUGAAGUUUUGAAUUUUCUGCUUACUGUGUUUUUUUAGUGCAAAUGACGCUUUUUAAUCUCUUCCUUUUAGAACCGUCCCUUUGAAUCUGUGUAUUCGGUAGAAAAAUAUAGGUAAAAGGAGCUUUGAAUUUAAUAUUUGUUUAUAGAAGUAGGUAUAUGAGAUAAAAAACGGUGUCGUAUUUGAUGGACGAGAUCUGGGAGAGAGCCGUGGAGACAGCGUUAGACGGCCAAACUGACCACGCGGCGGCUCGAACCUUGACACUUGACGGUGCGGUGAAGUGCGUUCAAGGUCGCUUACCGCCGCCGAGCAUCUUGGAACGAUUUGAGAAUCUUCAACACCUUUCAAUUGCUAACAUAGGUGUUUCGUCUCUAGAGCAGUUUCCUCGUCUUCGGAAUCUUCAGAAACUUAUCCUUUCCGACAAUAGGAUCGCAGGUGGCCUUGAGUUUUUGGUGGAAGCUGGCCUCGAAUCGCUUCGAGACCUAGAUUUGUCGAACAACCGGAUUCAAUAUAUUGAGGAUCUUGCUCCGCUUGCGCAGCUUAAGCUUGUUUCGCUUGAUCUUUAUGAGUGUCCGGUUACAAGAGUUAAGGAUUAUCGGUCUAGGGUUUUUGCGUUGAUUAAAUCGCUGAAAUAUUUGGAUAAAAUGGAUGCUGAGGAGAAUGAAAGGCCGGAGUCUGAUGAAGAGGAGGAAGAUGAAGAGGAUGAUGAUGAAUAUGAUCCAGGUAGUGGUGAAAUUGACGGUGAGGAUCGGCCAUAUAGAAUGGAAAACGGACAUAGUGAAGGCGGGGAAGGGAUUGUUGACGAGGAUGAGUACGAAGAGAGUGAUGCUGAUGAAGAAGAGGUGGAGACAGGUAGAAGAGUGAAUGGACAAAGCUACGAGGCUAAUGGUUUUCGGAUUGAGGAAGUAGGGAGAGAUGAUGAUGACGAUGAAGAAGAAGACGAGGAUGAUGAGGAGGAUAAUGAUUCUGGUGCUGAAAUUGAUGAUGACGAUGAGGAUGAAGAAGAUGUUGUAGAAGUUAAUGAAAUUGGGCAUAGUGAUGAUGAGGAAGAUGGGGUAGAGGAUGAGGAUGAGGAUGACGAAGAUGAUGAUGAGGAGGAUGAUGAGGAAGAAGAGGUAGAUAAUGAUGAAGGGGAUUUGGCUGAGCCAGAGAGUACGGGGCGGUUGACAAGUACAGAAGGGGAGAUUGAUGGCCAUGAACAUGGAGAAGAUGAUGGGGAUGAUGAGGAUGAUAACGGUGAGACUGGUGAGGAAGUUCAUGGUGUUGAAGAUGAUGUGGAAUUUGAUGAUGAUGAAGAUGGUGAAGAGGAGGACGAAGACUACGGUGAAGGUUUCCUAGUUCAACCUGUUGACCCGAGGAACAAUGAAGAAAACAAUGCAGAAGAAGAAGAAGAAGUCGAAGAAGUCGAAGACGACCAUGAACUUCAAGUGCUGCCAUCAUCUCCGCAACAUAAGAGAAAGAGGAACAACAAUCUGGAGGAUGAUAACAAUGAUGGUGAAGAAGAUAACGAUGAUGAAGAUGAUGAUGUUAUCGAGUUUGCAAAGGCAUCAAAGAAGCAUCGUUAGUUUGUUGCAAUUCCGGGGUUAGAUUCUUUUUUCCCAUAUUAAUGCUUUUAAAAAAGAAAAAAAAUCGGAAAAACAUCAAACGGACUCGAUGAUAGAUUUUAGGUUGGUUGAUAGAGUGAAAAAAUGGUGUAUGUUGGUACAUGUUUUAGUUCAAAAAGUCGUUAGGGCUUUUCUUUUUUUUCAUCUCUUAUAUAUAGACGUUAUUACUUUGUUAAAUUCAAAUGGCAGUUAUGAAGGAAUUUUACCGCC